AUGGAGCUGGAGCUGAAGUGCUCUGACACCGGAGAUUAUAAAACGAUCGACUACCUCCGACCAUCGCGAUCGUUGCAACGUUUCACCCUAAUAAAGCGCCUAUCCAUUCCGCAAGGUGUUCUCAUCAAUUCAACCCCCUACGAAUGUUCCCCUCUCCAUCCGUUCGAGGCGCUGCCGCCGAAUGUAGAGUACCUCAAUGUGGCUGAUCCAACUACCGCUAUGAUACAGUGGAUCUCCGGGGUUCUGGAUGACCGCAGCAAGCUGCGCAGCUUGAAAGGAAUAUCUCUCGACUUCGAUAACGACCCGAAGCAGCGAGUAAAGGACUACAAAGAGGCUGGAGUGCAGAUUUUUGGUCGGCUGCUGGAGGCAGGCAUAUCCGUGCACUUCGAAAACGCGAUCAUGCUGGACGCAAGCAACAUGGAGCCAAUUACGGGUGACCGCAAGGCAUAUUUCGAAGAUCUCCGCAAGAACCAUAUCCCUCAAUUCUUAUUUCGUACUUGGAGCAGCAACAGCGGUGGAGGAUCAGAACACGCAACUAACAGUGUCAAGGAGAUCAUUCCGCACGGCUUCAUGAAGAAAGCCUCUGGAAGCGGAUUCUACGACAAGCCUGAAAGUGAGCUUUACAAAAUGGUGCAAGACCAUUACGACACCGAAUCUGUUUUCACCUCCGAAUUUAGCUCAUGGACGGGGUCACUUCACCUAGCUCUCUGCUAUGCUGGAUCCAUAGAAGAAGAAUACGGUCCCCACGUCGCAAUCAUGGACACACACCAGCUGGAUGGAGACGUCUUGGUCUGGCAUGUUCCGCACCUGUUCAAGCCCGACGGACUUCAUGAGUACUUGGCUCAUGGACCAAUCAGAGGCAUUGGAUACAAGGCCGUAUCGUACAAGACGUUAAUGUCAGCUGGUCUGGCACAGAUAUUUCCCGAGCUAUUGGAGACCGAUCUCGAUGACUGGGGUAUGAGCUUACGAGACCAGAUGUUCAACGGGCCCCCGAUUCCGCUUCCAAAGGACAACAUUGAGAAAUCUGACGAGAUGAAGCAGAUUCAAUCAAUCGCAAACCUUUACGGCCAUCUUUACUUACCAGUAGCGACUAGUCUGAUGUGUCUUCGGCUUCGACCUUGGUUAGGCUCGCGAGCUGAGGGCGAGGUUGCAUUGGACAAAAUCGCAAAUCUGUUUGCAAAUACGAAGCCAGCCAAGGAUAUUUCGAGGGGUAAUUGGCUUUGCGAAGGUGUUGUACUGACCGAGUCUCCCAUGGGUCCGCACAACUUUCCUGACGUCCGACAGUGGAUCAAACUCCUCCGAGCCAUCUCUGAACGCACAGAUUGA